CGAUUACAAGCAAAAAAAAAAGGAGCGUGAUGUCGAGGAGUUAGUUCUGCGUAUCUCUCCACACCUCAACUUCGAAAGAAAGUUCAAAACAGAACAAAAGGACGUGGAAUACACAGCACCGUUGCUUUACAGGUUCCAGAUUGAACGUAACCGAACUGGGAGACUAUCAUCAUAGUGACUUAUUGUUAAAAACAAAACUAACAAAACAAAAAACACAGCAACGUUGUGUGGUGUUUUUUAUGUAUUAUUAUUUUCUUCUUUUCUGUUUUAGGCAGUUGAGAAGGACUGUGCACCUGCGUUUAUCGAUCUUCCUGUGCUACAGAGUUUGUUACUAACAUUCAGCGGAAGAGUCUUUCUUUUUAAUGUUUGUAAUGAAGACGAGAUCCUAAUCCAUUUCGUUUUUUUUUUAAUUUCAAAUACUGCUAUGGAAGGGUCUAGCGGGUCUGAUUUUGGAAUAGACACUAUUUUAUCCAACAACAACACCAGCUCCAGCAGCCCCGCACUAAUGAACGGAGAGUUUCGUCUCAGUGGCAGCAGGACCGCGGAAUUUAGAACCCAGGCCACUCCAUCUCCAUGUUCGGAGAUAGAUACGGUGGGGACAGAACCUUCUUCCCCUAUUUCGGUCACCAUGGAGCAUCCCGAACAGCAUCUGGUGCAAGACAGCAUUCAGCAUCAGCAUCACCGUCACCAUCACAGUCAGCAGCAAAGUUUGCAGCUAUCGCCUCAGCCUGCACAGCAGAUAGGGGCAGCCGGCUCUGCCCCGAGGACAGCCACCUCUUCCUUUCUAAUCAAAGACAUUUUGGGCGACAGCAAACCCCUAGCAGCUUGUGCACCUUACAGCACCAGCGUCUCCUCGCCCCAUCACACCACGAAAGCAGACGGCAUCGCAGCAACAGAAAGCUUCAGGCCAAAAUUAGAGCAAGAUGAAAGUAAAUGCAGGUUAGACAAACGAGACGACAUCCAGAGCGACAUGAAAUGCAACAACGGAACGAAAGAAGAGAGUGAUCGGGAGAUCACGAGUAGCAGAGACAGUCCCUCGGUUCGUUCCAAGAAGCCUCGCAAAGCGCGCACAGCCUUUUCAGAUCAUCAGCUUAACCAGCUUGAGCGCAGCUUCGAGCGCCAGAAAUACCUGAGCGUGCAGGAUCGAAUGGACCUGGCAGCAGCGCUUAACCUGACAGAUACCCAGGUCAAAACCUGGUACCAAAACAGGAGGACGAAGUGGAAAAGACAGACCGCUGUAGGACUAGAGCUGCUGGCUGAAGCGGGAAAUUAUUCAGCCUUACAAAGAAUGUUCCCGUCUCCUUAUUUCUAUCACCCGAGCUUGUUAGGCACUAUGGACAGCACGACAGCAGCAGCCGCAGCGGCCGCCAUGUACAGCAGCAUGUACCGGACUCCCCCGGCGCCUCACCCCGGUCUGCAGAGGCCUUUGGUCCCCAGGGUUCUCAUCCACGGUCUCGGACCGGGGGGCCAACCUGCCCUAAACCCUCUGGCUAACCCCAUCUCUGGCGCUCCACACCCCCGGUAAAAGAACAGAAAUCCUAAUAAAAAACACAAAACAGGAAAAAAAAAAAAAAAAACUUUUAAAAUCUUAGUGACUAUAAAGAAAACGAAGAUGAAAAUGAAGAAGGAUUUUUUUUUUUUUUUUAAUAGCAUAAAACGAAGAAAAAGUUAAACUAAACAAAAGGACCGGACCAGAAACAAAUGACUUAAAUUUCCCCACCUUUUUUUUUCUCAUAACACUUAUGUCUACUAACGAAUAAACUUAAAAAAAAAAAAAAAAAAAGUUUAUGUAGAAGAUGACUGACAUAGCUUCAAAUUAAGAGCAAAUUCGACAUUUUAAAAAGUAAAACUAAAAGAUUUCUCUAAGGUUGAGAAAAUACAACGGCGGUGCUCUGAGAACUUCUGCACCGAUUCUCGCGAGCUUUUCUUUAAUUUUUGAAGUGGCAUGCAUCGUUAAUAUAAGGAAGUGUACAUUUGAAGGACUGAGUGAAAUAUCAUAUUUAUUUUAUGUUGUCAGAGAAAUCCGCGUCUGUACAAUUAGUAAUACAUUAAGUUUUUUUUAUUUUACUUUCUCGUUUAUGUCUUUUGAUUCGAUAACUAAUGAGGUUUAAAAAAAAAAAAAAAAAAAAAAAAAACAUUAUUUUUUUGUGAUUGGUUGACAUUUAUCAUAUG